AUGACAACGAUGUUCGUCCAACUGCGCCGCGUGGUGUACCUGUUGGUACUUCUUCAUUGCUGUGCGAGUGUGGCAUAUGCGGAAAGUGUGAAGGAGUCUGCAAAAGAGGUUGUAGAAAGGAGGGGAGAUAGUUUGAAGAAGAUUGAAGGUGACAUGGAAGCCAUACGUACAGAAGCACUAAAAAAUAUAAGUGAUCUGGAGAAUAAAUUGAAAGUAUGGAAGGAAGAUUCUGAACGUGCUAAAUCUGUUGCUGAUGAAGUUAUACAAAUGCGUCAUGUGCUUGAAGCUGCAAUGAGGAAUAAUGGUGCACCUAAUGCGAAUAAAGGUGUUGUUGAUGCUAGUUUAGCUAAAGGGCUGCUGAAGAAUGCUACAGAUGCAGUACAAAGAAUGAAGAAUACUCUUAGCAAUGCGAGAAGAUCAGCGUCCAUGGCAAGGGAGUUGAGAAAUUCUUGUUAUGAUACGUUUGACAAAUUGAACAGUUUGAUAUGGGCGCAUAAGUCGUUUUUGGCCGCAUACUUAGGUGCAAUUGCCGAGGCAGGAAAGGAAGACCUCAACAUGACAGAAGAAAAGAAAGUAGCUAGUGAGAGUCAAAGGAAACAGAAAGAAACACAAGAUGUCUUGUCUUGUGUUAUUAGCGCCGGUAAACAGUGUUUUAAGUCUGAGAGGGAAACCAAUUCGCACGCUGUUCGUGCGGAAAACGCAAUGAGAAGGCUUGAAAGUCUUAUAAAUCAGGUC